AUGAUACCUUCUGCACAGCUGGGUUUCAACCUGCAGCCUCUUCUGGAACAACUCAACCAGGAUGAAUUGAACAAAUUUAAGUCUCUGUUGAGGACCAUUUCCCCCCAAGAUGAGUUACAGCACAUUCCCCAGAUGGAGAUAGAAGAGGCCAAUGGAAAACAACUGGCAGAAAUUCUCACCAGCAGCUUUCCCCACUGUUGGGUGGAGAAGGUGACCAUCCAGGUCUUUGACAAGAUGAAUCAGACAGAUCUGUCUAAGAGAGCAAAGGAUGAACUCCAAGGUGAGCAGACUGUGUCCCAGGAAGAAGGAUUCACUUUAACUUUCUAUUUUUCAGGGCUCACACAAGUACAGGGCAAAGGUGCCACACACCCAGAAGAAGUAAAAGAAAGUUUGGAAGGAGAAAAACCAGAUGAAGGGGAGGAACACAGAAGUGGAGUGAAGGCAAUCGGGCAAACCUUGAAGGAAAACUACUGGCCGGAAGUCAGAUCCCAUGAAUUCACCCAGAGAUAUGAGAGGCUGAAAACUUUCUGUAACCCGGAGACGCUCCCAGGGCCGUUUCCAUACACAGUGGUGCUGCACGGCCCUGCAGGCAUUGGGAAGACUACACUGGCCAAGAAGUGGAUGCUUGAGUGGACACAGGAUGAGCUCCCCAAGACGCUCAAGUUCGCCUUCUAUCUCAGAUGCAAGGAGAUGAACCACCAGGGGACCUGCACAUUUGCAGAGCUGCUGUCUAAGACCAGACUGGAUGUGCAGGAGGCCAAGAUCCCAGACCAAGGCCAGAACAUCCUAUUUGUCAUCGAUGGCUUCGAUGAGCUAAGGAUCCCCUUGGAGUCACUCAUCCACUACAUCUGUGGUGACUGGAAAAAGCAGAAGCCAGUGCCCAUCCUGCUGGCCAGUCUGCUGAAGAGGAAACUGCUCCCCAAGGCCACGUUGCUGGUCACCACACGCCCGGGGUCCCUGAGAGAGCUCCGACUCCUGGCUGAGCAGCCUAUCCUCAUAGAGGUGGAGGGGUUCUCGGAGCUGAGCAGGAGGGACUACUUCCUGAAGCACUUUGAGCAAGAGGACCAAGCCCUGCGAGCUUUUGAGGCCAUGAGGAGCAACCCGGCUUUGUUCCACAUGGGCUGCAUGCCCCCUGUGUGCUGGGUCACCUGCACGUGCCUGAGCCGGCAGAUGGAGCAAGGACAAGACCCUGCCACCACCUGCCAGACCACCACCUCACUCUUCCUGCAUUUCCUGUGUAGCCAAUUCACGCCAGUCCCUGCCAACUGCCCCCGAGAGCCCCUGGCAGCUGCACUGAGGGCAGUGUGUCUCCUGGCUGCUGGGGGCCUCUGGGCGCAGACAUCCGUGUUGGAUGGAGAAGAUCUCAAGAGGCUGGGGCUCCAGGAGUCCAACCUCCAGCCUUUCCUGGACAAGAACAUCCUCCAGGAGGACACACACUGUGAGGGCUGCUACACCUUCGUCCACCUCAGUGUCCAGGAGCUUCUGGCUGCUGUGUUCUACAUUCUGGACAGCGAGGAGCAGAAAGAUGAGGCCAGCUGCAGGCUGGACAUCGGGGACCUGCAGACGGUGCUCUCGAAGGAAGAAAAACUGAAGAACCCCAACCUGGCGCACUUGAGAUACUUCUUAUUCGGCCUCUCCAAUGAGCAGAGAGCCAGGGAGCUGGAGACGACCUUCGGUUGCCCAGUGCGGCCUGGGAUCAAGCAGGAGCUACUGACGUCAUUGUCUGAAGGGACUGAUCCCUUCUCCUCAACCACGGAUGUGAAGGAGGUGCUGUACUGUCUCUACGAAUCUCAGGAGGAGAUGCUUGUGAAGGAGGCCACGGCCCACACCAGGGAAAUGUGCCUGCAUUUGCAAAACAAAGUGGACCUUGUGCACUCAGCGUUCUGUCUCCAGCACUGUCAGAACUUGGAGACGAUUUCGCUGCAGGUGGAGAAGGGGAUAUUCCUGGAGAAUGAGGAAGCCUCAGAAUCACACGUGUGGGAGGAGAGGUCCCAGAAUGAUCCGCACAUGCUUUCUUUGUGGAUGGACCUUUGUUCCGCAUUUGACUCAAACAAGAAUCUGAUCCAUCUGGAUAUCAGUCAGAGUUUCCUCAGCACCUCAUCCAUUAGGAUCCUUUGUGAAAAAAUUGCCUCUGAUACCUGUCAUCUCCAGACAGUGGUCCUCAGAAAUAUUUCCCCCAUGGAUGCUUAUCAGAAUAUCUGCACCUGUUUUGGCGGUUACGAGACACUAACACAUCUGACCCUCGAAGGGAAUGAUCAGAAUGAUAUGCUUCCCACCCUGUGUGAGAUCUUGAGGCACCCAAAAUGUAAUCUGCAAUAUCUCAGGUUGGUGUCAUGUUCUGCCACCCCUGAGCAAUGGGCUGAUCUGUCCUCCUCCCUGGAAACCAACCAGUCCCUCACAUGUUUGAACCUCACGGCAGAUGAGCUCCUGGAUGAGGGUGCCAAGUUGCUGUACUUGACUUUGAGAAACCCACAGUGCUUCCUGAGGAGGUUGUCGUUGGAAAACAAUCACCUUACAGGAGCCUAUUUCAAGGAUCUCUCUUCUGCGUUGAUUGUCAACCUGAGGCUGACACACCUGUGCUUGGCCAAGAAUGACCUUGGGGAUAGCGGGGUAAAACUUCUGUGUGAAGGCUUAAGUUACCUUGACUGUCAACUACAGACCUUGGUGCUAUACUACUGCAACAUAACCUCUGAUGGCUGCAUUAAUCUCUCAAUGAUCCUGCAACAAAAUUCAAGCCUCACACACUUGGACUUGGGGCUGAACCACAUUGGAGUCACCGGACUGAAGUUUCUGUGUGAGGCUUUGAAGAAACCAUUGUGUAACCUAAGAUGUCUAUGGUUAUGGGGAUGUGCAAUCACCCCUUCUAGUUGCGCCGACCUCUCAUCUGCCCUUAGUAGCAACAAGAACCUCGUCACUCUGGACCUGGGCCAGAACUUCCUGGGGUACAGUGGAGUAAAGAUGCUGUAUGACGUCCUGAAACUUCAAAGUUGCCCUCUCCAGAAGCUCAGGUUGAAUAUAGAUAAAUCUGAUGCUCAAACUCAGAAGCUGCUGAGCAAAAUCAAAGAGAGCAACUCAAAACUGACUAUUGAGAGAGAUGAUCAAGAGCCAAAAAAUAACAGACCUUCUUCUCACGACUUUAUUUUCUGA